AUGUGCAAGCUUCAACUCCCGAUACCAGUGGCGGCGGCGACAGCGACAGCAGCAAGGUGGCUCAUUCGCUCCACAUUCUGUACUGUGUUGGAUGAGGUGACGGCCAUGGCAUGGAUGAUUUUUGGAGGACAACAACUCUUUCGAUUUAUUGGAUACAACGAUCCUCCGGCUAUUUACUUUACGCUACAAGAAUACGGCACCCAAAUCGCCGUGGCCUUGUUUUUCUUGUUGCCGCAACUCGUAGGACAAUUCGCCACGUCGGGGGCCUUUGAAGUGGUGCUCGAUGGAGAACGAGUCAUUUGGAGUAAAUUGCAAGAAGGACGAUUUCCCAAUGCCGAUGAACUCACCAAUCCAUUGGUCAAAUUGGGACUCACACAAACGUCCUAA